AGAGUCCCCAGGGGACACUUUGGAAAGGGGCCGCCGGAAUAGCCCGCUUGCCUCUUGCCGCCCAGAGACCUCUCCCCAGUCCUCGCGGAAAAUGGUGGCAGAGAACGACGUCAGAUCCACUGUCCCCUAACGACGCCAUGUCGGUCAUUGCGGGUGGGGGGAUAGGGAAGCUGGGACGCACCGGUUCUGCGCUUGCGCCGCCGCGCUCCGACCGCGGGCUCCGGGGUAACAGGGUGCAGGAGCGGAAGUGCUCCGCUGACCCCUGACCCCGAGGGCGUGAGAGUCCGCUGCCUGUUGUUCUCUGCACGAAGCUGUCAGUUCCUGCGAGCAAGAUCUCCAUCCUUUGUCCAGAGCUGAACAGAAUGGCCAUGUCUCAGGAAUCAUUGACCUUCAGAGAUGUGUUUGUGGACUUCACCUUGGAGGAGUGGCAGCAACUGGACUUUUCUCAGAAGAACCUCUACAGGGAUGUCAUGCUGGAGAACUACGGCCACGUGGUCUCUGUGGGCUACCUGGUGGAUACACCAGAUGUGAUCUUCAGGUUCGGACAAGGAGAAGAGGCCAGGAGGGAAGAUGGAGAACCCAUAAUACAGAGCUGUCCAGAAUUCUGGAAAGUUGAUGACCAGAAAGAUAACCACAAGGAAAGCCAAGAUAAAUCUCUGUGGCAAGCUACAUUUAUACACCAGGAAACUCUGAAGGAUGCGAGUGACCAAGAAAUAAGAACAUGCGGAAAAAUUAUUUAUCCCAGCACAGACUUCGUUCCUAUAAGACAAAGACUCCUUAAAUAUUAUUCAUGGGAAAGAUGUUCAAAACAUAAUUUGAACUUUCUUAGUCAAAAUAGAAGCUAUGGAAAAAAUAAAAAUGAUGAAUAUCAGGCAUAUUGGAAAUUAUGCUUCUGUUCUAAUCUUGAUAAAGCUCAACCUGGAGAGAAAAUCUUUGAACCUAAACACCAUGGAAAAGCCUUCCACCAUAAGCAAGCCCUUAAAAGUCAGAAAAUUCAAACUGGGGAGAAACCCUAUGAAUGUUCUGACUGUGGAAAAGCAUUUAUCCAGAAAGGAAACCUUGCUGUACAUCAGAGAACUCACACUGGAGAGAAACCUUAUGAAUGCUGUGAAUGUGCGAAAGCCUUCAGCCAGAAGUCAACCCUCAUUGCACACCAGAGAACUCAUACAGGGGAGAAGCCCUAUGAAUGCAAUGAAUGUGGGAAAACCUUUAUCCAGAAGUCAACUCUAAUUAAACAUCAGCGAACUCAUACAGGAGAGAAACCAUUUGUAUAUGGUGAAUGUACAAAAACUUUUAAGAGUUCAUAUCACCUUAUUAGACAUGAAAAAACACACAUUAGACAAGCAUUUUAUGACGGUAUCAAACGUGGUAAGUCAAGCCUUAUGCAUCAGAGGACUCAGAUGGGUGAGAAACCUGAAUGCAAUAAACACAGGAAAACCUUUUCUAAGAAACCCACCCCCAUUAAACAUCAGAGAAUGCAUACAAAAGAGAAAACUUUUGAGUGUAACGAAUGUGGAAAAAGCUUCAGAGGAAAGUCAGACCUCUCUGUUCAUCAGAAAAUUCACACAGGAGAAAAACCCUAUGAAUGUAGCAUAUGUGAGAAGACUUUCAGUGGAAAAUCACACCUCUCUGUACAUCAUAGAACUCAUACAAGAGAGAGACCUCAUGAAUGCAGAAGAUGUGGGAAAGCCUUUGGUGAGAAAUCGACCCUUAUUGUACAUCAAAGAACUCAUACAGGAGAAAAACCCUAUAAAUGCAGUGAAUGUGGGAAAGCCUUCAGUGAGAAGUCACCACUGAUUAAACACCAGAGAAUUCAUACAGGAGAGAGACCCUAUGACUGCAGUGACUGUGGGAAAGCCUUUAGUAGGAAGUCAACUCUCAUUAAACAUCACAGAAUUCAUACAGGGGAAAAACCAUAUGAGUGUAGCGAAUGUGGGAAGGCUUCCCGUGUGAAAUCAACUCUCAUUGUACAUCAUAGAACUCAUACAGGAGAGAAACCCUAUGAAUGCAAAGAAUGUAGCAAAGCCUUCAGUGGGAAGUCAACUCUCAUUAAACAUCAGAGAAGUCAUUCAGGAGAUAAAACCUCUUAAUAUACUUAAGAGUGGGGUAACAUCACUAGCAGUUAUACUUCAUUGUAUAUCAAUUCAUCCUCGGGAGUAACUCUUAAAGGUCAGAAAUUCUUCAUAUAGUAUUUAAUGUUCAUUUAACUUAAUAAAAAGUAUAAUUGCAGAAGCAUAUAAUAAAUAUGAUCAAUAUUUCACCCAGAAUUCUUAUGCAUGCAUGGAAAAUUGUAUAUCAAAGAAUUCAAAAGUGGCAAAACUGUGCCUUGGUGUUGGAAAGCCUUUGGAGAGAAUUUAAAUGCCAUUGCUUAUCAGAGUAUUUAUGCUGUGGAAAAACUACAAAUUUAAUGAAUUUAUAAAACUGUUAGAAAUUAUGAGAGAAAUAUGUUCCAAACAUUGUGGAAAAGGUGCAGAGGCUGCAAAUAAGCACUCAUUAGUAACACUAAGAUAUAUUUAUUGUGGAAUAGAGUAUGACAUUUUUAAAAGAAGAGUACAAUAAAGCAUAAAAUAUUAAUCCUAGUUAGGGCAACUUCCAGUGUAUUUCUUAAAUAGAGUGAGAAAGGAUGAGUCAGCAUGAUUCAUGAGAGAAGAUCAAACAGAAGAUCUUCCACAUAUUUAUCAGUAUAUUCAGUGCAGAAUUGCAAACACAGAAAAGACAAAUAGUAAGCUUUGACACAACUUGCUUAGGAACAGUGCUUACAACAUAAUAUAUUGUCUUUUAAGAAAGGUUAAUCAUUUUAUGGUUACACUAGAGGCCCGAUGCAUGAAAUUCAUUCAAGAGUACAUCUUCCUUCCUCCGGCUUCUGGCACCAGCUUCCCUAUGGCAUCUGGGACCCAGGC